CCGCCGACAUCAACCCGGCGCUGGCGACUCAGGCGCGCAAGGAGCCCAGUAAGGUGAGCGAUGGGCCCGCGCGGCCGGCCAAGGUGCCGCGCAAGGUCAAGGCCACGCGCGAGCUAGAGGAGGGCAAGAAUAAGUGGAAGGACUUCGCCAGUAAGGGGAAGAUUGGUCGGAAGCAGAGCAUGUUCCGGACUGGCGAGGGGGUUAACGCACGAGUCGGCUUCACCGGCUCCGGCCAGCAGAUGCGCAAAGAUCCCACCCGAACCCGCCAUGUAUAUCAGCAAGGCGAAGAAGAAGGCUACUAGAGACGAGGGCAUAGGCAUGACCGAUAACGAAACGACCCUGGCUUGGUGACGAACUGCUUAUUUACACAUUUUUCAUCUCUUUUUUCGUUUUCAUAAUCCCAUCUCGGACGGUCUGUUCUCGUUGCUAACUGCACCCGAUGGCAGAUUUACUUUCAUUUCUUCCCUGGCUUGGUACAUAGACUUGGUGGUAUGAUAUCCUUUAUUCAACUGGGGGAGUUUCGUCUGUCGUAUUUCCGGUCUGUUAAGGAAGGCGGUAGUGAACUGAUUGUAGUUGUAGAUAGAAUACCGUUUCGGGCAAUGAAGACACGGAAUGACGAUAUCUUGAACGAGCAGAUGACCAGAAUGACGGAUACCUUCGAUCAUGAAGUCUAUCUCGUAUGUCAGUAUUGCUCAUGUAGUAAGCUUAAUUUGUCUACCUUGUUCUCGACAGCGUCCAUCUUUAGAAGUCAUUCAUCUCAUUCCAAACUCAUCAAUCUCAUCAAGAAUAGCAGAAAGAAGCACAUCAAAAACAUCAUCCCUAUAUAUCACACUCUCAAAAGAAAGGAAAGAAAGAAAGAAAGAAAGAAAAACAAAAAUGCCAUCCAUCCUAAAGAAAACAUGCCAUCCGUGCACCUCGCCUCCCCAACCAGCCAAAAAAGUCCGAUUCUCAGACGUAGUGGAACAUCUGCCCGAUAUCUGCUGGGAGGCGGCUGAUCUGAAUGGCGAAACCGAACAAGCUGCUAAUCCUGAAACUACCUUCAUGGAGACUUUGCAGACGAUUUUCUCUGAUGAGAUAACUCAGCAGGGUGAAGACGUGGUUAUGACUGCUGUCUGUUGAGGCCUGCGUUGGCGGGGCUGGUUUGUGGGUGAUGUCUUUCGUCCUAUUUGAUUUUGAGCUACGGUGUUCUCUGGUGCUCUCUAGUGGUCAAUUGUUUAUUUUUCAUUGUUUGGAGUUGCUGGGGUUAAAUGUGUGGGACGGUGGUAUUUAUGUUAUGG